GAAAUCGUACUUUUUAUUGAAACUGUACUAGAUGCAGCGCAAUCAGUGUAUAGAAUAUACUUUGGAGUAACGUAUACGCUUGAAAUUUAUAAUAUAACAUUGCUGCGACUUUCUACAUUUGAUCUCGCGCAUCUUUUGCGAUUAGGAAGAGACAGGACAGCCAGCCAAGAUGCCAGAAACAGAAGAGGAUAUGAGUAUGUCGGUUCGCCUGACGAACGACGACUUCCGGAAGCUUCUGAUGACUCCUAGAGCGUCGGUACCAUCAGCCACUCCAGCUUCUGUACCAGGCACAGCAAGAGAUGCCACCGCCAAGACAGCACAGACUCCUCAGAUCAAUGGAGGUAGUCGAGCGGAGUUGCGGAGGAAAAAGAAGAGCUUCUACGCGAAGUUGAAGAAGCAGGAGGAGGAUAAAAUGGCAGAAUUGGCAGAAAAGUACAGGGACCGUGCGAGGGAGCGCAGGGAUGGAACUAAUCAGGAUUAUCAAGCAGAGGAUCCCAUGAAUAGCGCCAGUGCCUACAGAGCGGUUGCGCCAGACCUGAAAUCAGGCAUGGAUGCCGCGGAACGUCGAAGACAGAUGAUCCAACAAUCGAAAUUCUUGGGUGGCGACAUGGAGCAUACUCACUUGGUCAAGGGGUUGGAUUAUGCUCUCCUGCAGAAGGUGCGUAGUGAGAUCGAGGCUAAAGAAUAUGAGCAAGAGCAAGAGAUGGAGAAGCUAGUAAAGCCAAAAGAGAAGACGAAGAAGGAGCCGGAGAAGAAGGAUGACGAGAUGCAGUUUAAGACAAAGAUGGGCCGAAACGUGUACAAAACCGUCAUGAUUAUGAAGUCCAAGCAGAUCGAGAGGAACGAAUUGUUCACACCGGGUCGUAUGGCGUACGUGAUCGAGUUGGAUGACGAGAAUGCCGACGUGGACAUACCCACAACGCUAAUCAGGAGCAAGGCGGAUGUACCGACGAUCGACAAUACGCCAACUCUUACGACCAACGACAUAGUAAUCAAUAAGUUGGCACAGAUUCUGUCAUAUUUACGCCAAGGUAGCCGGCACAGCAAAAAAGGGAAGAAGCUGAAAGAUGGGCGCGGCGCGCGCGGCGAUGAACUGAAUGAUAUGGAGAUUCAUCCGCGGCCACCGGCUGCCGACGAUAGCAUCUACGGAGAUAUAGGCGAUUAUGUACCAAUGGUGGCGAGCAAGAAGGACGGGCAGCCGCGCGAAAAGAAGAAGAGCUCCUACUUCGACAAGCCCGAGUCUAAUCUCGACACUGACGACAAGGCGAAUGCGCCGCAACUGCCGAGUGUGUUGCAGCAAAGUGCGACGGCAGGGGCGACGGCCUCAGCGACUGCUGCAGCAACGGAUAGCAAUGUGCUGAAGAAGGGUGCAUUGCUGAACAAACUGACGGCCGAGCCGGAGGGCUAUGCCGAGUGUUAUCCAGGUCUGUACGAGAUGCAAGAUGCUAUUGACGAUUCAGAUGACGAGGUGGAUUACACGAAGAUGGAUCUGGGUAACAAGAAGGGUCCGAUUGGCCGCUGGGACUUUGACACUCCUGAAGAGUACAGCGAGUAUAUGAAUAACAAGGAAGCCUUGCCGAAGGCAGCGUUCCAGUACGGCGUGAAAAUGGCCGACGGUAGGAGAACCAGGAAAUACAACAAGGAGAAGAAUGAGAAGGCGGAGCUCGACCGCGAAUGGCAGAAGAUUCAGAACAUCAUGAACAAGAGAAAACCUACGACUGCAGUUGAAGGUGCGCCCGAGUUUAAAGUACCGCGAUAUUGAGCUCUUGUCACAACUUGGAUUAGAUACUUUCACGAUUGCGAUGGCAUGGAUAUGAAGACGGUGUACAUGUUGUACUAUAAUUCUAAUAUAAUCGUAUGAUAAUUUAGUCUAAUCGAUGGUAUUAUGGAUAUUUAUUUUGCGAAACAUUACUUCUCUCAAUAGCGUUAUAAGUAUAUUUUAAAUAUGUGCAUCUUCAUAAUCGAUCAUGCAUCAUUAACAUGAUAUAUGAUGCUUAUGUUUAAUUCUUAUACAUUGUAUAUAUGUAUGUUAUUUCUAAUUCCAAGUCUUAGGCUUACUUUUUCCUAUAUUUUACCUAUAUUCUACCUUAAUUAAAGUGUCAAAAAAAUGCCAAGAAAC